AUGCACCGCGUCACUGCGAAAUUUUUGCCACGUCUGAUGAUCGACGACCAAAAAGCCAAUCGCGUACGGGUUUGUCAAGAACUGCUUCAUCGUUCAGAUGAAGAUGAGAAUUUUUUGUCACGAAUUACAACCGGUGAAGAAUCAUGGGUUUAUGGUUAUGACAUUGAAGCGAAGGUUCAAUCAUCCCAAUGGGUGGGUCAAACGUCCCCAAGAUCCAAAAAAGCUCGCCAAGUUCGGUCGAAUGUCAAGGUGAUGCUGGCAGUUUUUUAUGCUAAGGUUGUUGCUUACGAUGAGUACCUCCCUCAAGGCUCCACAGUCAACCAGAUUCCUUACAUUGAAGUACUGAAACGUCUGAGGGACGCCGUCCGACGCAAAAAGCCAAAACUGUGGAGAAGUGACAACUGGUUUUUCCACCACGACAACGCUCCAGCUCACUUAGAACUCGGUCAGACAAUUUCGCAAGUAUUGUGCCUAAAACUCGGAUAA